UGUAGGUACUGUAUACAGAGUCAAGUGUAUUAUUGUUCUAUACUUCUAUAAUAUGGUAGUAUAGAAGUCAAUGUUUGUUGAAUAUUGACUGUUUAUUGGCAAUUUUUUCCCAUUUAGCAUUUAAGUAUUAAACUCUACCUGCUACCAGUUGCCAGUGAGGAAAAUUAAGAUAUGGCUGAUCACAAUUAUGUUUCAAUAAACGAAUGUGCAAAGAAAUAUUGUAAGCGAUAUUGUUGCACUCCACAAUGCAAAAAUAAACAAAUGUCUACGUCAUCUAUAACAUUCCAUUCCUUCCCUAAACAAAAAGAUUUGAAAUUAAAAUGGAAGACUGCUCUAAAAAUUGGAAAAGAAGUGCCAAAAUAUGCUUUUGUCUGUUCUACACAUUUUGAUGACAGUGAUUUUAUUCCAAGCUCAAAAACAAGUUCACCAGCAAAAAUAAGAAGACUGAAGAUUGGUGUAGUACCUUCAAAAAAUUUACCUGUUCGGUCACUGGACAAAGUGCUUUUAACUCCAACAAAAGAAAAAAUCAUUAAGAGAGCUGAGAGAUUGAACAAACGUCGUCAAAAUAAAAAAACAUUGUCAAAUUUUAUUUCAAAAUGACUGUUUACCAGAUACUACACAUAUUACUGAUGUAGAAGAAUUAUCUUCAUCUUCUACACAAACUGAUGUCUUGACCAAAGAAAAAACUACAGUAUUAUCAAAUGAAAUUAAAACUGUCGAUAAAGAAGUCCAAGUUAAUACAUUUCAUUCCGAUUCUCUUUCAAGAAGAAGUAUUAUGGAUUUGAUAAGAAAUGAUGAAGAUUUAGUUGCACUAACAGGGAUACCCAGCAUGGACAAGUUGUUAAAACUUGUCAGUAUUGGUGAAUUUGUGAUAAAAAGUUUAAAUUAUAAUAUCAAUUUUUCUCUUGAUAUUCUUCAAAGAAUAGUGUUAGUAUUAAUGAAGUUAAAACUAAAUACAUCUUACAAAUGCUUGGCAGUUUUGUUUGGUGUUUGUAAAAGUACUUGUACAAAUUAUUUUUACGAAACAAUUGAUUUGUUAUAUUUAAUUUUAAAACCUUUAGUUUUGUGGCCUUCUAAAUCAAGUAUUUCUAAAAAUAUUCCUAAAUGUUUCAUAAAUUUCACAAGUACUAGGGUCGUAGUUGAUGGAACAGAAACUCCUAUUGAAGUUCCAAAAUGUUUGUCAUGUCGAAUUAGAACUUAUUCUUUUUAUAAAGGUAAACAUACUAUUAAAUUUAUGGUAGGCAUUUCUCCAGAUGGCCUAAUAACCUUUGUUAGUAAUGUGUAUGGUGGCAAAGCAUCUGACAAACAUAUAUUUGUAGAAAGUAAUAUUUUAGAAAAAUGUGAUAUAGGUGAUGGUGUUAUGGCUGAUAAAGGUUUCCUUAUUGAAGAGGAAUGUUCUAGGGCAGGUGUUAAAUUAUUUCGUCCCCCUUUUUGAAAAAAAAUAAACAACUAUCUUUGAAGACGGUACUAUGAACACAGAUAUAGCUAGAGCCAGAGUUCAUAUAGAACGAGCUAUUCAAAGAUUGAAAAUAUUUCAUGUUUUAAAAAAUAAUAUGCCCUGGAAAUAUUUAUGUAAAAUUGACAAGAUUGUGUACAUUAUAUGUGGAAUAGUUAAUAUUUCCCAACCAAUAAUUGGAAUAACUGGAUUUUGAAAACAAAUAUUUAUAUAUAAUGAUACAAGCUAACUAUGAGUUUAUUUUAAUUCAAAUUCAAAUUUUACAUUGUAUACAUUUACAUUCUAUUAAUAAUUAUCUGUAUUAAAAUGUACUUUCUUACAAAUAUAUAUAAUUAUAAUUAACA